AAAUUUUCUGGAAACACUGACCAGAACACUCCAGUUUUUCACCACUUAAACCCACCAAUAAAGACACAAUACGUAGGUUUUCGACCACUUGAGUGGAAUGGACACAUAUCAAUGAGGGUGGAGAUUUAUGGUUGUCAAGGUAACUUCUAAUACAAACUAUUUAUAUUCUGAGAGAAAAAUAAACAGAGAGAAUAUAAUAACAAACGAGUGUUGAUCUGAUUAGCGUACUCUUUUCCCAUCUUCAGUUAUGUAGCCUGAGAAAACAGCCGUCAUUUCGUGACACCACAACUGCGAAACGAAGCGAAACGAGCGCCGACAGUCACAAAGCGUUACUACUCAGAUAUGGUAGACAGAAAGUGCUUCUGAUUGGUUGAAGCAAAUAAAUUUUCAGCCAAUCAGAGGCUCUAUUUAGAUCUGGGUUGUGACGCGUCAUCUGUAUGGGAUUUCUGUUCUCGUUUUUCAGACGUCAUUUCGCGGGAAAACUAUUAGCGGCGUCGUAAAUGUCGGCUGUAAUCUCAGGCUACCGGUUAUGGUGUAUUGGCCGAAAGAGGCAAAGCUAAAAAUAAAGCUGAAGAAAUUCUUGUAUAAUAUGAAAAAUUAAAUUAAAAGCUCUAAUGGUGCUUUCUUUUCAGAUCCAUAUGCAUAUCCAGUUCCUCCGAUGUUCGUCUCCAUUCCAACUUCCAUUGCCGUGGAAGAGAACCAGAACGUGACUUUCACGUGUUUAGCUCGUGGUCUUCCGUUACCAACUAUCACGUGGUCUAAAGUGGGGGAAAGUCUGCCAGUUGAAGCGGUUAUUACAGAGCAAGGGAGCCUUCUUCUACUGGAGGUUUGGCCUGAAGAUUCUGGAAACUACUCCUGCACAGCUUCCAAUUUAGCUGGAGAAAUUACGUCGCCUGCGGUGGAAUUAGUGGUACAUUUAACACUCAUGUUUACAAUACUUCCUCCUCUGGGUCCAAUCUCCAUCUAUGCUGGCGACUCGCUGACUCUGCCAUGUACGGCAGAUAGUGACCUGGUACCAACAAUGGGAUGGCACAUGCAGUACAGUCAAGGGGUUGAGAUUUUUCCGAACAAUACGCUCUUCAUUGCAUUCGCUGAGGUGUCUCAUGAGGGUUUAUACGUUUGCACAGCAAACAACAGUUUUCGUGCACUGGAAAAGAAUGUUAUUCUAUACGUUUAUGCCCUUCCCUCCUGUCGCGACAUCAAGAAUCGACAGCUUCUUGCAUCUAAACGUUUCCCGAUGGAUACGAGUGGAUAUUACGUCAUAGAUCCAGAUGGCGGAGGUACAGGAGAAGAGCGCUUUAAGGUAUUUUGCAACAUGACCAUGUAUAACGACAACAGCGUAACGGUCAUAAGUCAUGACAGUGAAAAUUCGACGCUAGUGGAUGGUUAUGAAGCAAGAGGUUCUUACAGUCGAAUCGUGACUUACACUGGGGUAAACCCUACACAAAUUGCAAACCUUGUUAGGAUUUCAAAGAACUGCUUUCAGUUUAUCAAGUUCGAGUGCUACAAAGUGGAAUUGUUUGGUAGAGACAUGGCCUGGUGGGUGUCACGAGAUGGAGAGAAAAUGAAUUACUGGGGAGGUGCUAGGCCCGCCAGUGGAAAGUGCGCAUGUGGAAUGGAUGGCUCCUGUGUGGAUCAGUAUAAUUGUAACUGCGACUCAGAAAGACCUGAAUGGCUCGAAGACAGCGGCUUUCUGUCCGAUAAAAGCACCCUACCUGUCAGCGAAAUGAGGUUUGGUGAUACAGGAGGAUCAAAAGAGAAGGGCUAUCAUACUUUGGGAAAGUUUAUGUGCGUCGGUGAUUCAAUCCUGACA